AUCGCGGCUUUGGCGCUGACUUGGUUUGGCGCGCAAAACUGCGGUGCUUUGACCGACGACGCUGCCGCUGAACUGACGCAAUAAACCUAAUGAUUUGGAGGUAUCAGGAUGGACCUAGAGGAAGCUCUCUUUCCACCCCUUAUGCUCGCCCCCGAACCGGAGCUCAUGGAGGAGGUGGUCAUACAUGUGUAUAGCACUGGAGUCAUUCCUUCUCCGGCUCCCAUCACCAAGCUGAAGCGGGGUCUGGAUGGGGUGUACCGCUCGACCCACGACUGGGACGACAUCGUGAGGAAGAGGCAGAUGGCCAACGCUAAAGAGAGGGAGAGGAUUCGUAAUCUGAACAGUGGUUUCUCAACGCUGAAAACUCUUGUUCCUCUGAUCCCAAGAGAUCGCAAACCAAGUAAAGUGGACACUUUGAAAGCUGCAGCAGAAUACAUUCGUCUGUUGCAGCAUGUAUUGGAUGAGACUGAAGAUAUAGAGAGGUUGGAAGGUUUUGUGGAGGCAGAAUUCAAUGAUGGAAUGACUGUUCCUAUAUCCUUGAUAAGGGAUAUUUCUGGAGGCACUGACCCUGUCCAGUCAGGCAUGUUUAUACAGACCAAUGCUGUUUGCACUCAGCCAGAGCUUUCAGAGCUGACUUGUCCACCAAUGAUGCUGAGAAGAUGUGUGUUACCUACUUAUAUAAUUCAACUACAGCCUAACAGAAAUCUGAGACCGUGUGGAUUAAAUGAGCGCAAGAAGGGAUAUAACUGAAGGAGCAUCCAGUUUAAACCUGAACUAAAAAAAUGCACGGAGUGUUUAAUACACUGCAACUAAUUUAAGAGUUUAUAUACAGUAUAGUAAUAAAUUGUGUUCAAUCUGGUCUUUGAGGUCUUCAUUUGCAGUAAGAGUUGAUUUGUAUUAAAGAUGGGCAAAAGCUUUUUUUGUAUACCAUAUGCAA